AUGAAUGGAAUGGCUGGUGUUAUGGGCACAGCAGAGCAGUGGACGUCGGAUUUGGUGGCGCCGCUAAAUAACAUACUGCGUGGCCUUCCCAAAUAUUCUUCGAAUCGAAUUAGCAGUUUUGCGCAGCGAAUUCGUGAUGUCUGCAAAGAAAAUCCGUUCAGGCUAAAUUUCGAAUUUACGAACUGUGUGAAUCGCUGUGGUGAUCGGGUGGCCGCACGCAUAUUGCUCAAAGGGCAAACCUCGUGGGCAAGCAUUUGCGAUGCUUAUCAUUAUAAUACUGGUGAUUUCAUGUCAUUUGUGGUACCAUGCUGGUCUCGGUAUGGUGAUGAGGUUGUGGCGCUAUGCACAACACAGGCGACCGUCUUGCAGAAUGCCGCUUCAAGUCUGGUGGACAGUGGCAUAAACAUGAUAACCGAUCACUUGCUUGAUUUGUGCAGGUCGCAAUUAAAUCAAGGAAUUGUACUGCAGAUUAGCUCUUUCAUAUACAUAUAG